UAGAGACUCUAGCUAGACAUAACAAUCAGACAAGUAAUGAAGUCAGGGAACAGCGCUGCUUACGAGACAAUACAAACACCUCAAACGGCGCCGUCGCGAAAGCCCAAUCUCCCCCGACAUAAAACGACGCCGCUUUCUUGUCUUUAAUGACCCACUUGUGUAGCUCUGUACUAGUAAUAUCUUCAGACCCAGCUUAUCAACAUCAUUUCUAUUUUCUCAAUCCUCAAUAAAAAACAAAACCAAAAAAAAAAAAAGUCUCCCAAAUCUCUCUCUUUUCGUUCGCCGAUCACAAAAAUUCUAUGUCCACCUUUUUCUUCUCUCUUUUCUCGAACCGAACUUGACGAGACCUUUUUAACAACCCACCGACUCACCCGACCCGAGUUCGAAUCACCGACUUUCUCAAAAGUGGUAGUUACUACUUGGACUUCACUUUACCGAUUAACGAUUACUACCAAAGCGUCGUCGUUUUUUUUUUUUUUUUUGGGUUAGGUCAAAGUCGGAGAGUGAAAAUGGAUCGGACCCCGAUAACAGUCGGGCCGGGCGUGGACAUGCCGAUUAUGCACGAUAGCGAUCGGUACGAUUUUGUCAGGGAUAUCGGGUCGGGUAAUUUCGGGGUGGCCCGGUUAAUGAGAGACAAGCACACGAAGGAUCUCGUUGCCGUCAAAUACAUAGAGCGGGGCGAUAAGAUAGAUGAGAAUGUUCAAAGAGAAAUCAUAAAUCAUAGGUCUCUGAGACACCCCAACAUCGUUAGAUUUAAAGAGGUAAUUUUAACACCUACCCAUUUGGCGAUUGUGAUGGAAUAUGCAUCUGGAGGAGAGCUUUUUGAGCGAAUAUGCAAUGCCGGGCGCUUUAGUGAAGAUGAGGCUCGCUUCUUCUUUCAACAACUUAUAUCUGGAGUCAGCUACUGCCAUGCUAUGCAAAUAUGCCAUCGUGACUUGAAGCUAGAAAAUACUUUGUUGGAUGGAAGCCCGGCUCCUCGAUUGAAGAUAUGUGACUUUGGAUAUUCAAAGUCUUCAGUGCUUCAUUCCCAACCAAAGUCAACUGUGGGAACUCCUGCUUACAUUGCUCCAGAAGUACUGCUUAGGCAAGAGUAUGAUGGCAAGAUUGCAGAUGUGUGGUCAUGUGGUGUGACCUUAUACGUGAUGCUGGUGGGAGCAUACCCUUUUGAGGAUCCUGAUGAGCCUAAGGAUUUUCGGAAGACUAUACAAAGAAUCCUCAGUGUCCAGUACUCCAUUCCAGACGGUGUUCAAAUAUCUCCUGAGUGUCGCCACCUGAUCUCAAGAAUUUUUGUUGCUGAUCCUGCAUCGAGGAUCACCAUUCCUGACAUCAAGAACCAUGAGUGGUUUUUAAAGAAUCUCCCAGCAGACCUAAUGGAUGAAAGAACGAUAGGCAAUCAGUUUGAAGAGCCAGACCAACCAAUGCAGAGCGUUGAUGUGAUCAUGCAGAUAAUUGCUGAGGCCACCAUACCAGCAGUUGGGGCUCAUAGCCUUCACCAGUUCUCAAUAGACAACCUGGAUAUGGAUGAUGAUAUGGAUGACUUGGAUUCUGACUCUGAGCUUGACAUCGACAGCAGUGGGGAGAUAGUCUAUGCACUGUGAUAUCAAUUUAUCUGGAAUUUGAAAGACUGCUCCUGCAAUAUAGUGUAGUUCUUUGGGGCCACGGCUGGGGAAGAUCUGACUAAGAGAGUGUGGUGUUGGGUAGAAUAGAAUAGAUCAGACCUUAGGUAAGUGCAUCAUGUUAGUCUUAGUUGUGCUCCUUCGAGUCAUGUUCAUAGAUGCAGUUUUUCACAUUUCUGUGUGGGGGAAUUUAAUCUUUCGAGCUUUAUAAGGGGGUGGUGGUAUUGGAUUAAAAUUCUACAGAAGUUGUAAACCACGUCCCUGUUCAACACUUCUUUAUUUGCCUUUGUUAUUCGUUGCGUUUUUGGCUUAAACACACCGAAAAACUCUAUAACACUUGUCUUACAAUUUCCAUU